AUGGCGAGAGGCAUCACCUGCUACGUGGUCGGUGGUCGACUGUUGCAAGCUGCUGGGGCUGCUGCUGUUGCUGCUGCUGCUGCUAGGGCCUCUGGUCCUCGAGCGCGGAGGGGCGGGGGCAGGCGCGGGCUGAGUGCGUACGCCUCGGUUAAGGAUUGUAACACAAUGGUGCGGUCGCUGCCGCUGCGCAGCGGCUUCUUCAAGGCGCCGGAGCUGUCGGACGCCGACCAGGCGGAGCUGCUGGCCUGGGGGCGCUCGCUCGUGCCCGACCUGGUGCGCCAGCCCGACGUGGAGUGGACCAUGGUGCACGAGCGCAAGGGCGUGACGCUGUUCGAGGACCGGCAGAAGGGCGGGCUGACCUACUCGGUGCGCGCCGUGGGCACCGUGCGCGCGUCGCUGGACGACGUCAUGGACAUCUUCCUGGCGCAGACCACGCCCGACUACCGCUCGCUCAUGCAGCUGCAGCUGCGCGAGUUCUUCGCGGACGCCGCCGUGCUCUUCCACAAGGAGCAGAACGAGAGCGAGGCGCUGAGCAUCAAGUGGACGGCCGCGCGCGCCAAGAAGAGCGUGGCCAGCCUCGGCGGCCACGUGGGCGUCGACUUCUGCUUCCUCGAGUACGCGGGCGUCGUGUCGGCCGACGUCGUGGACGGCCCGCGCCAGAACCUCAACGGCUCGGCCUCUUCCGGCGGCAGCAGCAAGAAGGCCGCGCCCCCCGUGGGCGUCUGCGUCUACGAGUCCAUCGACCAGGCCGAGUGCCCGUCGCUCUACGACUCGCACAAGCUCGAGCGCGCGUCCGUGUCCAAGUGCGGCUUCGUGUUCCGCCCCCACCCGGACGAGGGCGUCGUGGAGGCCACCUUCGUCUGCAGCAUCCGCCAGCCGCCCGGCGCCCGCUCCAAGCGCCGCUGGAACCGCGCGCUGCUGGCCCACUGGGCCGAGUCCGUGGGCGGCAUCGAGGAGGCUAUCAGCCGCCGCCGCAUCUCCAAGGAGCUCACCAAGCGCCGCGUGCCCACGUGGGUCAAUAACAAGGACCGCGCGUGCUGCCACCUGUGCCUCAAGACGUUCACCAACACGCGGCGCAAGCACCACUGCCGCGCGUGCGGCGAGAUCAUCUGCCGCGGCUGCUCCGUCUACAAGAGCGUGGAUCUGCAGUCCGUGGGGCUCACUACGCUGCGCGUGUGCAAGGCCUGCAUGGACGGCACGUCGGCCUCUGUGGCGGACAAGGAGAAGGAGGAGGCCAACCUCAAGGCCGCGGCGGCGGUGGCUGCUGUGGCCAACGGAGUCAAACCGGACGGCGUGGCGCUGCCUGAGGGCGUGGACAACAGCGUCCUCAGAGAUGCAGUGGAGGAGUACGCGCUGGCGCUGCCCGGCGCCCAAGUGUCGACUGUGCCCGACCUCGUGGGCAUCGCCUGGUUGCAGCAGCUCGCAGCGAGAGAUCAGGAGAGCAAGGAUAUGGUCAACGCUCUAAUGGAGCGGCUACACAUCGACGCCCAGCAGAAGGACACGAGCACGAUGGAGGAGCAGGUGGACAUCUACGACACACUGUGCGACCUGGCCGCGCAGACGCUGGCCUGCAAGUACGCCGUUGUAAGUCUGGUGGACGAGAACCGCCAGUGGUUCAAGAGCGCCGUCAAUGUCAAGGAGUCGGAGGUGCCGCGCGACUUCAGCUUCUGCGAGUACCCGGUGCGCGACCAGCGGCCGCUCGUGGUCAUGGACACGCUGCGCGAUCCGCGCUUCAGGACAAACCCGUUCGUCACCGGCCCGCUCGGUGUGCGCUUCUUGGCCGGCGCGCCGCUCUUCACGGUGGACAACGAGUGCGUCGGAGCCGUGUGCGUGCUGGACACGGCGCCGCGCGAGUCGCUGCAGGAGUCGCAGAUCGCUACGAUGCAGAAUUUGGCACAUCUCGCCAUGGUCAUGGUUCAGGAGCGGAGAGAGGCACAGAACAAGGUGGCACGGGCCAUGGCGGCGUCCUCGCAGAUCGUGCCGGCCCGUCAGAACGGCGGCCAGAUUACCAACAACGCGGCCGCUGGCUCCUCGGACCUGGUGCCGCUCAGCAGCUACUCCGAGACGUCCAUGGUUGUCCAGGGCCGCGAUCGGCCCAAGGAAGACCCGGUGCUUAAGGAGCAGAUGAUUCAGCUGCUGCACAAGGCGUCGCAAGUGCGCGAUCAGGUGAACCUGCAGACGCACAAGCAGCAGGCGGGGCUCCAGAGCUCCGCCGAGUAG